AUGAAAGCUGCUCGUUGGUAUGCAGCAAAAGAUAUUCGUGUGGAAGAAACAGCUAUUCCAAUUCUUAAGAAAAAUCAAGUUAAAAUAGAAGUACAAUUUACUGGUAUCUGUGGAUCAGAUUUACAUGAAUAUUUACAUGGACCUCUGUUAAUUCCUCCUCAGGAAAAACCUUAUUCAUUGAAUGGACAUAGUGGUGUAACAACACUGGGACAUGAAUUCUCUGGAAUUAUUGUAGAAAUAGGACAAGAUGUUCACUCUGAUAAUAUUCAAUUAGGUGAUCGUGUUGUAGUAGAACCAACUUAUAAAAAUCCAAAUAGUGUGUUUACAUCAAAAGGUGAAUAUAAUCUAUCAGAGCCACUUGGUUUUAUUGGUCUUAUGGCCAAUGGUGCAUUUGCAAAAUAUGUAAUUGUUGAAGAUUAUAUGGUACAUAAAAUACCAGAUAGUAUGAGCUUUGAACAGGGUGCGUUGGUCGAGCCAUCUGCUGUUGCUGUCUAUGCCGUCAGACAAAGUAAUUUACAGUUAGGGGAAACAUGUGUAAUCUUUGGAGCUGGUCCAAUUGGUCUUCUGUGUCUUUUGGCUGCAAUGGCUGCUGGUGCUACACGUAUUAUCAUUGUGGACAUUGCAGAGAAACGUCUUAAGAAAGCACGUGAAUUAGGUGCAACAUUAAUUAUUAAUGGUAAGGAUGAAAAUAUUUCACAACAAAUUAAAAAACAUACCGGUGGUCUAGGUGCAGAUGUUUAUAUUGAUGCAGCUGGUGUUCAAUCGACAUUUACAACUGGUAUUGCAUCUCUAAGAAAUGGUGGAAGAGCUGUGUUGAUUGCUCUGUUUGAAAAACCUGUGACAGUAAAUGCACUUGAUUUGGUCAAGCGUGAAAUAACAAUAAAAGGAACAUGUGCCUCUCGAAAUGUAUUUCCAGAUGUAAUUAAACUUAUUGAUAGUAAACAGAUGAAUGUUGAAGCGCUUAUUACACGUAAAAUCAAGCUGGAUGAUAUUGUCAAAGAUGGAUUUGAAGCCUUAGUAUCUGAUCCAUCAGAAGUUAAAAUACUAAUUGACAUUGGUGCUAAUUGA